GCGAGCCCGGAAGCGGACGGGGGCGGUGGCGGAGGUGCCUCGGGCGGGCCGGGGUGGCUGCGCCUUCCUAGGCUCCUGGCUCCGGGCACUGCAACCAUGCAGCCCCCGUCCCCGGGCCCGCUAGGUGACUGCCUGCGGGACUGGGAGGAUCUACAGCAGGACUUCCAGAACAUCCAGGAGACCCAUCGGCUGUACCGCCUGAAGCUGGAGGAGCUGACCAAACUGCAGAACAAUUGCACCAGCUCCAUCACGCGGCAGAAGAAGCGGCUCCAGGAGCUGGCCCUCACCCUGAAGAAAUGCAAACCCUCCCUCCCAGCAGAGGCCGAGGCGGCCGCGCAGGAGCUGGAGAACCAGAUGAAAGAGCGUCAAGGGCUGUUCUUUGACAUGGAGGCCUAUUUGCCCAAGAAGAACGGGUUGUACCUGAGCCUGGUUCUGGGGAAUGUCAAUGUCACGCUCCUGAGCAAGCAGGCUAAGUUUGCCUACAAGGACGAAUAUGAGAAGUUCAAGCUCUACCUCACCAUCAUCCUCAUCCUCAUCUCCUUCACCUGCCGCUUCCUGCUCAACUCCAGGGUGACGGACGCUGCCUUCAACUUCCUGCUGGUCUGGUACUACUGCACCCUGACCAUCCGGGAGAGCAUCCUCAUCAACAACGGCUCCCGGAUCAAAGGCUGGUGGGUGUUCCAUCACUAUGUGUCCACCUUCCUGUCGGGAGUCAUGCUGACGUGGCCCGAUGGUCUCAUGUACCAGAAAUUCCGGAACCAGUUCCUGUCCUUUUCCAUGUACCAGAGCUUCGUGCAGUUCCUCCAGUACUACUACCAGAGCGGCUGCCUCUACCGCCUGCGGGCGCUGGGCGAGCGGCACACCAUGGACCUCACUGUGGAGGGCUUCCAGUCCUGGAUGUGGCGGGGCCUCACCUUCCUGCUGCCUUUUCUUUUCUUUGGACAAUUCUGGCAGCUUUUUAACGCGCUGACGUUGUUCAACCUGGCCCGGGACCCUCAGUGUAAGGAGUGGCAGGUGCUCAUGUGCGGCUUCCCCUUCCUCCUCCUCUUCCUCGGCAAUUUCUUCACCACCCUGAGGGUCGUGCACCAGAAGUUUCAUAGUCAGCGGCAACGGAGCAAGAAGGACUGAGGCUGGGGCUUCCGUGUCCCGUGUUGUGGGAGGUGAUGGGCGGCACUCUCCAGUGUGUGUUUGUGGGGGGGGUGUGUGUGUGUAUCGGGGGGGGGGUCUCUGUUCUCCCCUGGGUUCUGUGGGCUCUGUGGGCCCUGAAGGAAGACCUGGGCCCAGUGCCCUCAAUAAAGAGAGGCCCGGAGGUGGCCUGAGUAUGUGUGUUCACCCCGGGGAGGGCAGGGCUUGGUGGCCCCACGACACAGGUUCCUGGGGUCUGAGUUGAGGUGAUCCAGGUGGAGGCCCUGGAUCUUCUCACAAGAUACCAGGCAAAUACAGAAAAGAGAACUUUA